AAUAUUGUUGAUCAGCCAGUUUCAAGCCGAGAGUUUCGCAGCAUUUGCAAACCUCGCUUGGCAGUCGUCGUGCGCGUUCCUUGCGCUAGUGAAAAUCGCAAACUAAUUGUGCAUAAACAAAACAUAAAGCAGCAGCAGCAACAACAGCAACAACAACAACAACCGUAACUGGGCGAGCAAAACAAGUUUUGCGUCGCCGCCAGACAUACACCAAGUAUAUAGCAUAUAGUAUAUGCACUAUAUAUAGAUAAUCGUUAAACGCUGCGACUGUGACGAUGGCUUCUGCUGGGAAGUGCGCAAUUGCUGCCGUCACCAUAUUUGCUCUUCUGCUGACGCAUGAGGGUGUUGUCGAUGCCCGCCGUAACCAGGGUAACAACCAGCGCAAAACCUCAUCCAGCAGCAACUCGGGCCAUGUGACUCAGCCCAGCUACAACGCCAACAAUAAUGGAGGCAGCAACUCCCACGCCGAUGUGGCCAAAUUGAGCUAUCCCAAUUACAACUCGCAGCCGAAUCGUCCGGCCAAUAGCCCGGCCAAUAGCCCGCCCGCCGCUGGCUGGAAUGUACCGCAGGGCCCACCACCCGCCUACUCCGCCUCGAAUCCGGUUGGUGGCAGCCAUACCAACAUGCAUGAGCCUCCACCGGCCUAUCAUGCACCCAACUAUGGCGCCGCACCCGGCGGAAAUGUACACCAGCCGAUAACAGCCAACCAGAAUCAUGGUCAGCAAUAUGGUGGCGUACAGCCCGCUGGCGGUUAUAAUCCAUCUGGCAAUUAUAUGCCUGGAGGCGGCUAUCAACCGGGUGGCUCUUAUCCAGGACAGGGCGGCUAUCAUCCGGCUGCAGCACCGCCACCAGGCGCCACUUACUACCAGUCUGGCUCAGCUCUACCGCCAGGCGCCACCUACUACGCCCAGCCGCCGCAACAAUCUUCCUCUGGCCUGGGCUUCGGCACCGGCCUGAUCGCCGGUGGCCUGGGCGGCGCUUUACUGGGUCAUGCGCUGACACCUUCCGGCGGCUCCUCGCAGCCCGCGGCUGCGGCACCAGCUGCAGCUGGCGGUCAGGAUCGCAUCAUUAUUAUCAACAAUGGUGUGCCAGUGAAUGCCAGCGAUGGCACCACUGUCAUCAAUGCCGCUGGCGCAGCUGCUAAUCCAGUGAAUGGCACCCAAACCGCAGCCGAUGCUGCGCCCGCACAGCUGGCACCAUUCUCGCCCGAAGGCGCCAACAUGACCAUGGCCAAUGGCACCGAUGCGGCUGGCGCAGCAGCAGCAGCACCACCACCACCCGCACCGGGCAACAUUAUAUGCGUUCCGCACAAGGUCAACGAAACGGAUCCGGCUGACAGCAGCAAAAUGAUUGAAGUGGAGAAAAUUGCUUGUUAUCCGGCACCAGCGCCGCAAGCUGCUGCACCCGGCGCUGAGCCGGUACCGCUGGCACCAAUGGCACCGCCCAUGGCCACCAGCCAGGCGCCACCAGCCAUGCUGGCACCCGACCAGGCAGCUGUGCGCUCCAACACCAGCGCUGGCAAUCAGCUGCAGGCCGCCUGGCCCCUGCUGGCUGCCCUCUUUGGCGGCUUGCUGCUGCGCUUUGUGGCUGGCGCUGGCAACUAGAAACGUCGCGAAUGUUUCCAAUUAUUGCUUUCAGCUCUUAGCUCGCGCCAUCCCACAACACAGUAAAAAUAAUCAACCCCUAAGCCACGCCCCCAACAAAAACAAACACAGCCCACGAGCUCGCACUGCAGCGUAUUUUUUUUUUGUAUUAUUCAUGUUGUUUUUUCCUUUUUUUUUUUUUUG